GACACGGAACCGGCGAAAAGCACGUUGAGUUGCACUGUGUCCAAUUUUUCACUUUCCUUGUGACAGUCGCCGACUCAACAUGAGCAACUACCACUGCCCCGAUGCCAGCGUCAUCCAGACUCUGAAAGAUGUCGCUAACAAAUUGAGAAUUAACAGCAUCUUGAUGACAAACGCAAGCAAAUCUGGACAUCCAACGUCAUGCUGCUCCAUGGCGGAGAUAAUGUCUGUGCUGUACUUACAUACUAUGCGGUACAAAGUGGACAAGCCAAGGGAUCCUACCAACGACCGUUUUGUCUUAUCCAAGGGCCAUGCAGCACCCAUUCUGUAUGCUGUUUGUUCAGAAGUGGGCAUGUUUCCGUCUAAACAACUGAUGGAUCUGAGGAAAAUUCAUUCAGACUUGGAGGGCCAUCCAACUCCUCGCCUCAACUUCAUCGAUGUUGCCACUGGGUCUCUGGGACAGGGUUUGAGCUGUGCAGCAGGAAUGGCCUAUGUUGGCAAAUAUUUGGACAAGUCUGAUUACCGUGUCUACUGUCUCAUUGGUGAUGGGGAGAGUGCAGAAGGAUCUAUCUGGGAGGCUUUACAUUUCGCCAGUCUGUACAAACUGGACAACCUCACGUUGAUUAUUGACAUUAACCGACUGGGUCAGAGCGAUCCCACAAGUCUGGGACACGAUAUACAGGCCUAUCAUAAAAGGGUUGAUGCAUUUGGUUGGCAUGCUAUUGAAGUUGAUGGACAUGAUGUGGAAGCUCUGUGCAAGGUAUUCGACACAGCCUCGACAAUCAAAGGAAAACCAACUUGCGUAUUAGCCAAGACUUUCAAAGGCAAAAAUUGUCCAGGAAUCGAGGAUCAGUUGAACUGGCAUGGCAAGGCUCUUGGGGAUAAAGAAGCAGCUGUCUUGGAACACAUCAAGUCCUUGAUUGUCCAGAAGGAGCCGCAUACUUUGAAACCGCAGGAACCAACUGCCAAGGUUCCAGCUGCCAACAUUCACAAUAUUGUCCUGUCGGAGCCACCAAGUUACAAGAAAGGUGAUGAGCUUGCCACUCGGGCUGCAUAUGGAAAUGCUUUGGUCAAGAUUGGCACCAAUAAUAACAGAGUUAUGUCCCUUGAUGGUGACAUGAAGAACUCUACCUUUUCCAAUAAAUUCAUGGCAAAGUUUCCCGAUCGAUUCAUCGAGUGUUACAUUGCUGAGCAGAACAUGGUGGGAGUUGCCAUUGGCUGUGCUACCAGAGAUCGUGCCGUGGCGUUUGUCAGCACGUUCGCUAGUUUCUUCUCCCGAGCCUACGACCAGCUCCGAAUGGGAGCCAUUUCUAUGACCAACAUCAAUGUUGUUGGUUCUCAUGCAGGUGUUUCUAUAGGUGAAGAUGGCCCAUCUCAGAUGGCUCUCGAAGAUCUAGCAAUGUUCCGAGCCAUUCCCGGCUCCACCGUCUUCUACCCCAGCGAUGCCGUUUCUACAGAGUAUGCGGUACAGCUGGCGGCUAACACUCCCGGUAUUUGCUUCAUUCGUGUCAGUCGACCAAAUAUACCCAUCAUUUACAAGAACGAUGAACCGUUCUCAAUUGGAAAACUAAAGGUGGUUCGUCAAAGUUCCUCCGACAAGGUGACGGUGGUUGGAGCGUGUGUCACACUGGUUGAGGCACAGAAGGCCGCAGAUCAGUUGGCAGCAACUGGAGUAAAUAUCCGUGUGCUGGAUCUGUUCACCAUCAAACCCAUCGACAAGGAGGCCCUCAUCAAAAACGCCCGCGAGACUGGCGGGAAGAUCAUCACCGUGGAGGAUCACUAUCCUGAAGGUGGUAUCGGUGAAGCUGUGGCAGGUGCUGUCAGCGAAUGUCGAGAUAUCAUAGUGAAGAGACUGGCCGUUAACGCUCUACCCAGGAGCGGAAAACCAGCCGAACUGCUCGAGAUGUUUGGAAUCAGUGCCAGUGCCAUCGUCAAAGCAGUCAACAAUAUGCUGUCCAUGUAGAACUACCCACAACACAUUCAUCAGUGUGGGAAAAACCCCAUAGUAUACCUCAUGUGAGGCAGAUUGCCUCAUUUGGUGCAGAUUAGACAUUUAUUAUGCUGAGCAUUUUGAAUUUGAAUAGAUAUAACAAUGUUACAAUUGGACAUUUUAUUGGUCAUAUAUUAUUUUCUAUAUAAUACAACGCAUUCGUUAGUGUGAAAACCCCCGUAGUACGCCACAUUUGGUGCAGGUUAGACAUUUAUUAUGCUGAGCAUUUUAAUUUUGAAUAGAUAUAACAAUGUUACAGUUGGAAAUUUAAUUGAUCAUAUAUUAUUUUCUAUAUAAUAGUAUUUUAAAUUAAAAGGUGUGAUAUUGAUAUUUGUUUAUGCUCAGUAAUUUGAGCUUAUUUAAAGAUAUUUAUAAUGAUAUUAGAAUUGGGAAUUAAAUAAUGUUUUCAAGAUAAUAGUAUCUUGAAAUUAAAAUUGCUAGUUACUAGAAAUUUAAAAGGUGUAUACCUGUAUUUGCUUAUUCUGCUUUGUUUAGUUUAUAUAUGCUAUUUUCUAGAGGAAUAUAUAUUUCUUUAACCAAUUGCUUUAUUAGUUUUUAGAUGCUUUUCUCUUAUUCUUUAACUUUUAAAACUUGAGAUCUUUUGAAUGAAAUAGUACACGAUACAAAAAAAAAAUUUUUUUUAUACUAUAACUUACCCAUGAUAUCCAUGUCAUAAACCCAUGUGAUAAUUUACUUUAUUAACCCUGUUAAUAAUGGUAUGUAAAUUUUCAAGGUCUCUAGGUAAUG